GAGGAGAAGGUGGAGGGAAGAAUGAUGCAAACAAGGACACAGAAAAUGUGUGUACUUGGAUUUGUGUGUGUACUUUCUUUUGCUUGAAGUACGGGCUGAGAAUGUUUAUUGGUGGUGACAUCGUUAAUUAAUCAGUUGCUGCAGAAUCCAACGUGCCUAAAAACCACAUUCAAGCAAAAUGGCUGACCCCUCACAUUAUGGUGACUACAGUUAUGACUCAGCUAUUGGUAUGAACAGUCUCCAGGAUAUGAAACCAGAACCUCCAAGUCCAACUGAGUCUCCAUACUACAGACGUGACAGCAUUGGCUCAAACCCAAUGGCACCUACAACCCACAAUACAGGAGAUAAUCUAAGUAGCAGUAGCGGUCAUGAAGAUGAUGAUAGUGAUCAUAAAGGAUCAGGAUCUCUGAGUUACAAAGAGAGGCGAAGAGAAGCACAUACUCAAGCUGAGCAGAAAAGGAGGGAUGCCAUUAAAAAAGGUUAUGAUUCUCUACAACACCUUGUCCCAACAUGCCAGCAGACAGACUCCUCCACUUCCUACAAAUUGAGCAAAGCCACUGUUUUGCAAAAAUCAAUAGAUUAUAUACAGUUUCUUCUGCAGCAGCGUAAAAAACAAGAGGAGGAAAGAAAUGCUUUGCGAAAGGAAGUUGUGGCCCUGAGCAUUAUGCGCUCUAAUUAUGAGCAGAUGGUUAAGGCACAGCAAUCGCAGCCUGGCCAACUAGAUACAAGAGUGUCUGAUGAUACAAAAUUUCAAGUGUUCCAGGCAAUCAUGGAUCAGCUUUUCCUGUCUUUCAGUAAUGCAUCAUUUGCAAACUUUGCUGAACUAUCUGCCUCUAUAUUUAGUUGGCUUGAAGAGCAGUGUAAACCUCAGACACUUCAUGAUCUUGUAGCAUCAGUACUCCAAAGACUAAGUUUUCCAAUGGGACCAGGAAGCAUGAGAAUGUGAUGAAAUGGGGAAGGGGCAUUUUUUAAUUCAUUUUAGCCUGUAAUGGUGUAGUUAUUCCUUUUUAUUAUCAUUAUUCCUUACCAUAAAUGUGAUAUUGAAGCACAGGAUUGUGAAUAAACUCAGUAGCUUGGCAACAUAUUUAGAGAUCCAACAUUACUGCUUAAUUUUUCCUUUUUUUUCAUGAAUUACUGCAUUAAUCUUUAUUAUUGCUUGGAAUUUUUAAACUUCUCAUUGUAAUGUUUGGAAGCAAUUGUUUCUUUGUUUUUCACAGCUUUGCUUUUGUAUCAUAUUUACUUAGUGAAGGACUUCUGAAGAUGCCAUGCUAUACAAUACCUGAUUUUAUUUAGGUAUAGGCUUUAUGAAAAUCACAUAUACUUUGAUAUGCAGACUUUGUCAAAAUCACAAGUGUACUAUGCACUACUAAAUAAUCUCUUUGUGCUUCUUUAUACAGUUGUGUGAUGUUUGAAGACGGUAACAUGUAAAAUUGUUAAUUGACAAUCAAAAACAUUUUUGUCAGUUGUCAAUGUCAGCCAUUAUGGGAUGAAAUAUCCUAGCCAUCUACAAGUCAUUUUUAGGAUUUUAUAGUAUAUAAUUGCUUUUGAAAGUCUUUGGUCAAUAGUUACAUAAAUGAAUUUUGAGUGAGUUGGAUACAAUUUUUUUCUGCUGCUACACUGUAUAUAUAAAGCUUGUGGAGAAAUUAAUGUGGAUAUCAUAUGUUUGUGAUAAAUAUGCCAACACUUGGCUCAUUUUAUAAGAAAAAUUUGUGGGCCAAACAACCUAUUGUGGAACAUAAAAUAAAGACUUAGUUUUGUUACAGAA